GCAGAAUGAGUGAGAUGAGUUCUCUGCUUUUCCUUUUACUUUCAGCAUUAAGCCUCAUUGUUCGGAGGGAUGUUCAGGAAACCAACCAAGACCGCAGAUCCCUCUUCCAAAGCACAGCCCUGAUUGUUUGUUGCAGUCUGGACCUGUCCUGUUUUGUGGAUGAGCCAAACCACGCUGAGAUGAACGAAGACAGGACCGACUGAAAUAUGGCAGUGUAGAAGAUGACCAGCAGCUCCUGUGGAAGGAGGAAUCAGUUUCCUCACAACACCCUGAAUUGUCUGCCAGUAGGAGCAGCUUGACAGAUAAGUCAUCAAAGAAAACAUCAGGAAUGUUUGGUGGAAUACUGAAGCGAUCACCCCAACCAGGACAUACCUGCAUGCCUUCUCAGGAGUCAGCAGGGAAAAAGUAUCCAAAACCCAAUGGACUGAGAGCAGCUUCAAAGGAAGAUUUGUCUGCACAAAGCGAGCUCUCGAAAAGCAAUGACAGUCUUUCAAAGACAAAAGAGUCGGACGGGUUUAGUGAAAUCUUUAAAAACCCCUUUGUAGUAAGAGCGUCAUCUCGGGAGGAUGUAUCUGUAGCCACUGGGCUUUCUGGCAGCAGUGAGAAUCAGUCUGAGAACCACACCAAGGAAAAAGGAUUCUUUGGUGGUAUGUUCAAGAAAAAGGUUGCAAGGUCUCAGUCUAAGGACGAUUUGUCAAUGGAUGAAGAACUCUUGGCCAGCAAUGACAAUCUCACAGAUAAGUCUUCAAAGAUCACCAUGGUUAAAGCGAUGUCCUACCUGAAUCCCUUCCAUUCUGCAGCUAAAAAGGACGCUGAAGACACUGAGACCCUUGAGGAGAAUAGGAAACAAUUGGAAAAGAAGCCAGAUCUGGUCAAGAGUAAUUUGAUCAAGCCAGAAAGGAAGGAAAAGAGUGAAACUCUGCCAGUCUUACGCAGACCAAGAGCAGAGGAGAUGAAGGCGAUGUCCCUGCAUGAAGUGGAAAAACAAAGAAGCCCAGAGGACAGGGCAAAACCCACUAGAGAGAAGAAAACAAAAUCUUCAGAAGCUCCUGUAGUUCCACCCAGACCAUCAGAAGAGGAGAUGGACAGAGCUGUUAGGAAGAAAGACAACCAGGAGCAGAGUCAAUCAGGAGAUAUAGGUAACAAAGAACAAUCAUAUGCGACCAAAGAUGAUGACAAGCACAAUCCACAGAGCAAACCAGCUGCAUCUGAUGACGAGGGGUCGAAGGACAAAGAUGAGACGUCAUCCAAAGAGGAAAUUAAAGAUGAGAACAAGGACCAACCAGAGAAGCCCAAGGUCAGGCCAAAGCAGCACAAUCCUUUCAUGCCUCAGUUCAAGGCUGCAUCUGAUGAUGAAGGGCUGAAAGACGAAGAAGAGUCCUCAUCCAAACGAGAAAUUAAAGAACAUGAGGACAAGGAGAAUACAGAGAAGCCCAAAGUCAAGAAACCCAAGAAAAACAAUCCCUUCAUGCCCCAGGUGAAGGCCAAAGUCAUUCAGAGGAACAAACAAGAUGGAGCUGCUGGACAGAAUGAAGAACCCCAAAGGUCUUUAUUUGACCAGCUGGAAGAUUUCUGUAUUGAGCCCUCACAGCCUAAAGACAGUCAGGAUGUGGAAGAUCUCAUGGACUGGUGGAACACGGUUGAAUCCUGGGAGGACACGCCUCAAAAUGACGACAUGACCGAAAAGGAAGAAGCCAAGGCCUUUGCUUUAACUGCAGAGAAGCUCCAGAAGGGUAUCCGAGUCUUCAACAAGCUGUUUUCCGAGCGCGCUGAGAGCCUCUGGCAGCACGUCAUUGACCUCAAUUCCAUUGCCGACGGCCUGGACAAAUUCAACAAGAAGACAAAGAUCGCUCAGAUCACAGGAGGCUCCACCAGCGCCAUUGGGGGCGUUGCCACCAUCACGGGCCUUGCCCUGGCUCCGGUGACCAUGGGAACCUCUCUGAUUGUCACAGCGGUAGGUUUGGGUGUCGCCACAGCAGGUGGUUUAACUUCGGCCGGUGCUGGCAUCUCAAACCAGGUCAACAACUCUUUGGACCGCAAGAAGGUGGAAAAGAUUGUCGAAGACUACCAGGAGAAGAUCGCCGACCUCAAUAAGUGCCUGAAAUUCAUCAAACAGGGAAUAGAGAACCUGCGCAGGUUUGACCUGCUUAAGAUGAAGAAACAUGCAUACAAUCAGGACUUUCCUGUGCUCACCAGUCAGUUUUACGAGGAUGGAGCAAUGGCAGGGAAGGCCAUCCUCAUCAACGCCAACGAGAUCAUGCGUGUGGUGCAGAUUGCUAAUGUGGCGGGCAGCACUGCAGCCAGAGCGGUCCAAAUUGCCAGUAUGGCCACUGGCGUGCUCACAGGGCUCUUUGUUGGUAUGGACAUCUACUUUGUAGCUAAAGACUCUAAGGAGCUGAAAAAAGGGGCAAAAUCAGAGUUUGCUGCCAAAAUCAGGGAGGUGUCCACACAGCUGCACGAUGGUCUGGUGGAGCUUAACACCAUACGAGAGGAGCUGCACAGUACCAACCCAGAAAACAACAGAGGCAGCAACAUCAAAGAGCGGGAGAGCAAAAAGGAUGAGAAAAGGUAGAAAUACGACAAAUGUUUGGAUGAAGAUGAGAUCAACUGCAUUAAAAAGCCCAUAAAAAAGGACAUAGAGAACAGGAAAUAUGUUUGACUUCAAAAGACUGCCUUAAACUUUGCUUUGCUACAAAGGUUUUAACGUGACUCUUCAAACUUUACACAUUUUGAACAUUUUUAAAUCCUACUGCUGCUGAUUUCUGUCCAGUCUCCUGUGAGGAGAAUAAACUAAAACCGACUCCUGCUAAUCUGAACCUGUACACUACAUCGGUGGGAGGUGGACCUUAAGCCGUGAUUUAUAGAGUUUAUUAUAUAUCUGAAAGUUGUGCCAUUGUUUGAAGCUGCCAUUUGUUUCAGAAGUGAGAUUUAAAGGUUUAAAAGAUUGAUUAGGUGGUGAUAUUUCUAAAGAUUUUUAAAAUGGUGCAGCAAUUUUUUUCCAAAUUUAAAGUGUCACCGUAAUUAUACAUUUUUAGAAUUUUAAUUAUUGGUUCCUUUACAAUGAACAAAUUUAGAGUUUUGGUGAGACAUGUAUAUACAUUCAUGAAUGGGGAUGUCUAUUUUGGGGUUUUUGAGUUUGGUUGCAAGCCUAUGGCUGGGUUUUAAGCCCAAUAAAGUUGGGGUCAAGGCUUU